CUAUAUCUAUAUCCAUAUUCAAUUCAAUUCAAUCGCAAUCCGACAAAAGUACUUUCAGAACAAGUAUAAUCCAAAAGUAGAGAUAAUAAUAAUCAAAAAUUGUAAACUAUAUGUCGAUAUCGUUGCAAAUCCAUGAUAUGAAAAUCAUGUACACAAAGCAUAUUGCAUGGUUGCGUAUGAGAGAAUCCAUCUAAAUGUAUCACGCUUGAGAAUUGCCUUCAAUUUAUCAAGACGUGCACGACCUACGGCCCAGCCCUUUUUGGAUUAUGUGUUUUUUUCAUAUUUUAUUAAUGUUCAUGUUCUAUCGAGUACGAACGUAUAGGUGUGAUAGCUUUUUUUUUUUUUAAAUUUUUUUUGGAUUAAUUUCGGCUUGGAUUGCCUUCACUUUUGGCAUCAAAAAUUGUAAAACAUGCAGAUCUCGUUGACAUUAUGGUUCAGUAUAGUUAUCCGUUUAUCAGAAUUGGAGCCAGCUACUGCGGACGACUCGGUGCAGUUCAAGAUUGUCGGUGGCACCGUUACCGAAAUAGCCAGGACACCAUAUCAGGUCUCGCUGCGUCUAAAGCAAAUUGACAGGCAACAGUUCGGGCGUGGUCACAUAUGCGGAGGCACGGUUAUUAGCCAGCGCUUGGUUGUUACGGCGGCUCAUUGUCUCUACGACGGAAGAAGCAGAAAUAUGCGAUCCCCCAAUGAUUUUGUUAUUAUUAUGGGCAACAGCCUUCUUCAGAUAAGAAGUGUUUUAAUGCAGCAGUAUAAUGUGCAGAAGUUGAUGUCACAUCCCCAAUACAAUCCGACAAACUUACAGAACGAUAUUGCCCUGUUAUUCAUUAACGGCUUUGUACCCUGGAAAUCGAUCGUACGGGCUCUGCCACUCGCCAGGGUAACCGCCGUUGUUGGCACACCUUGCCUAAUUUCCGGCUGGGGUAGCACAAUCAAUGGUGGCACUUCUUCGCAAACUCUGCAAUCGGCAACUGUGCCCGUGAUCAGCCAAACGGACUGCAGUGCCAAAUAUGGGUAUAUAAGCGCUGCCCAGCUAUGUGCCGGGUAUAUGAGCGGCGGCAUCGAUUCCUGCCAGGGCGAUUCCGGCGGGCCGCUGCAGUGCCACAAUACGCUCGUGGGCAUCGUCUCCUUUGGCAGAUAUUGUGCUGCCCAGGAUUCACCUGGCGUCUAUACGAAUGUUGUAUACUAUGUCGAUUGGAUAAAGCAGAUGAAUCGCUCGCUCGACUAUUCGUACUACAGCGGCGAUGUGAGAACUGUCGUGUGCUCCAAGCUGGCUGUUUUGGCCAUCUUUGUGGCUGUUGUCAGAUACUGAAUUAUUUGGAAAGUAAUUAAUAAAUAUUAUUUCUUUAGUAGGUAUUUCAGAUUUGUAUUUGUUCUUUUGUUUGCCAUGUUAGUUCUGCGAUUACCGCUCAACAAAUGUGCAAAUAGAGCAGGGCCAGAAAUUGGAUCUGAAGUGCCUCAGCCUCGUGUUCGGUCAAUGAAAUAAUUGAAUUUAUCUAAUCAAUGAAACCAGCUCCUUAGUGCGAAAUUGAUUUCUAUGUAUUACUGAUAUAUUCAUUAUACAUUUAUUUAUAAAUCUGUGAAAAAAAAAAAAACCGAAAACAAUUUCGAGAAUCGAGUGACGCCUGUGAGCCGCGUGCCUUACAAUCUGGUGAAUUUUUAUAAAUUAUAAAAAACAAGCAAACAUUUUUCAGAAUUCGUCAGAAUGUUCAACCUUAUAGCUCGAUUUAUAGCUACAGAUAGGGAAUAUUAUAAGUUAAAACAAAUAUAUGUAAUAUAUAUAUAUGUAAUAGCUUUAAAAGAGAUCUUUGUAAGAAUCCAAACCCUUGGACUACUUUAUCAUUAAUCUAUUAUCGUAAAAAAUAGCAAAAUUUCUGUUAAGCUAAAUUCCAAGAGCUGAGAUAAGUUUCUGCCUCACUUGGUGGUUCACCC